GGUUGUUGUGACAAAGUUUCAGCCCCAAACCCCACCUACAACUCUACAAGCGCAAACAACUAAUGGCGACCGAUAGGAUGAACGCCUCUACGGGGGGCUCACAUUCAUCGGUAGAUUUUGAUUUUUAAAAUACUAGAAAUCCAAGCAUAACCAACUUUCUCAUUUGUGGAAGUUAUGUUUAUAUAGAUAAAUUAUUCAUAUUUUUUACUAAAAGGAAACUUGAAACAUUCUUUAUUGAUUUAUGAAUCAAAGAAAAGGGGAUAUUUUGGAAUAAAACUGACCCCCCUGGAUCGGUAUCUAGCGCGUCCAGAUACUCUCGCAUAACCUCGUCAAAUAUCGCGAGAGUUACAAAACCAAAAUGGCGGCGAUCAUGAGAAAAUGGACAGUCGGUUCUUCUUUCAUCAGAAAAGCAGAAAAAUGUCGUCGGCAUUGGUUUGGAUUAGCCUUUUCAACCCACGAAAACCCAUUGGGUAUCCCCACAGCUAGUACAUCAGGACGUGAUGACCACAGACAGAGGUUAAUGGAACGGGGGUUGCCCAAGAAACUCCCCAUCGCUGGGGUCAAGCAGGUCAUUGUGGUGGCUUCUGGGAAGGGUGGGGUAGGCAAGUCAACAACUGCAGUGAAUCUAGCUUUGGCCAUUGCAGCAAAUGACAAGGGUAAAUCUGUAGGGUUAUUAGAUGCUGAUGUCUAUGGACCCUCCAUUCCUCGUAUGAUGAACCUAGCCGGGGAGCCAGAGCUUAAUAAACAAAAUUUGAUGAAACCACUUGUCAACUUUGGGAUAUCAUGCAUGUCCAUGGGAUUCCUGGUGGAUGAGAAGUCCCCCCUGGUAUGGAGAGGGCUGAUGGUCAUGUCUGCUGUACAGAAACUUCUCAGACAGGUGUCAUGGGGUCCUCUGGAUUACCUGGUUGUUGACAUGCCACCUGGAACAGGGGACACUCAGCUGUCCAUGUCACAGAACAUCCCCAUCGAUGGUGCUGUGAUAGUGUCUACUCCCCAAGACAUUGCCCUACUAGAUGCCAGAAAAGGAGCAGAAAUGUUUAGAAAAGUCAAUGUUCCGGUCCUUGGUCUUGUACAGAACAUGAGUGUAUUUCAGUGUCCAAAAUGUGGACACCAGACUCACAUAUUUGGUCAGGACGGGGCCAAGAAAGUAGCUGAAGAUAUGGAACUACAAGUUAUAGGUGACAUACCCCUCCACAUCAGUAUCAGAGAAACAUCAGACAGUGGGCAGCCUGUCACAGUGUCCCAACCAGACAGUCCUCAGGCACAAGCUUACAGAGCACUAGCAAAAGAAGUUGUAGCAAGGCUACCAUCAUAUGAGGACCCCCUUCCAGAAAGAGGACAAUGAAACUCUAUACUUGUAUAUUAUUUAGAAAUCCCAUCUGUGAUAUGGACAUAAUAUGUCUUGCCAUACAUACAUUUUAGAAAAGAUGCUUAAUUGAAAUUAUCUAUUAUCAUUAUGAUGAUCUAUUAUCAUUUGUGGGAAUAUAAUUACAUUGUACAUAUAAUAGCAAUCCCAUGUUAGUAUGAAUUUCCUGUUUCUUUAUUUGUUUUGUAUUAAAGUGCUCUAUUGGAAAUCUAUUAAAAUUAAAGGGACUACCCGUACUC